AUGGACGCGAAAGACGUAUGUGUGGAAAUAGAGAACGAUGAGUUUUACAGCAAGUUCUUAGACGAGUCUAUAAAACCAAUAAUCAAUGAUCAACUAUCGGUCACUGAUCAAGUGAAUAAGCUCACUCAGGGCAUUGAAAAACUUACCAAAAGCUUGGAGAAACAAGUCUUAGCCAAACAUAAUGAUCUACUUACACAGGCAAGUCAUAUUUCUGACCUAGAACUAACUUUAGAAUCGGUACAGUCGCAAGUACAAAGUUUGCUGCGCGGUGCCGAAAAACUAAAAGAUAGAGUACACACACCGUACUAUGCGCUAGAAAACCAAACAAUGAUGCUCGAAAGAGUUCAAACAACGUGUAAUUUGUUAAGACACGCCUCUAAAAUCCUUGCUUUAUGGAAUAAACUACAGAGUAUCAAAGAUAACCCAUCCAAAGAAGCCAUUAUAAUAUUUGAACUUAAUGAGCUGAUUAGUGACUACGAUUUUGAAGGAAUAGAUCUUCUAGACGAAGUGUUGAAGGCUGUUCAACUUAGGAGGACAGAGUUACUAACCAACUCUACUGAACUAUUGCAGUCUAGCCUUCUAAGCGGAGACAAAGCUAAACUGUUGCAAUGCUUCAAAGUGUUCCACAACCUGCAAUGUACAGAGGAACAGAUCAAAAACUCUGUUAACAGUAUUCUGAGUGACUUGAAAAAGGAAAUAACAAAUGCACUGAAUGUACAAAUGGUUUCAAUUGAGGUCAAGAAAUCCAGCUCAGGAAGAAUUGCUCCUGGAAAAGCUAACAUCAUGAAUGCUCAAGAUUUUAAAAUAAAACUUUGGGAUAACAUUGAGAAGCUUUUUAAAGUUGACAUCUACAACAGCUGUACUAAAGUCAUAAUGCUUCAAAAUGUUGUUAAUGAGUUACAUGCUAUUGGAAAUUUCAGGAAUAUAGCCAAGAACUUUUGGGCUGAUUUAUCCCUCGUUUUCAGCAGUGAACUUGAGAAGAGCCCUCUCACUGUCAACCAGUCUGUUGAGAUUGACUUCCCAAGAUUGCUAAAAAGCUUCAAUGAUUUACUCUCUAGACUCAAAUGUAAGGAUCUAGAGAUGAACCGUUCAAGUCUUACAAAAUGGGAGAAUUCAUUUUUAUCGAAAUCUCUAGGGAAGUUACUGGAACCUGUCAGAAGCAUGUGGCAUCUAUCUCAAGUACCAAACAUGGAUCAAAUAGACAAUGCCAUCAGAGUCAUUGCUGAGGCCCUGAGCAUCUCACUUGGUGACAAACAGUUAAGCAUCAGCUUGGCUAAUAGUGUGGCCAAGUCCAUCAAGCAAAUGACUGUUGAAGCUGAGCAGAGAAUAUCCAUGGACAGUGAUGUUGCUCAGAUCAUAGAACCGCCAACCAGCUCACAGCAAAAGAAUGCUGAUCUCUGCAACUCCUUGUACUACUUCUCAUCUCAAAUUAAAAGAGUUCUUGUAAACAUGAACUCAAUGCUGCCCCAAGAAAGUAUACAAAUAGUCCAGAAUAGUUUGAAAGAUAUUUCCAGCAUGCCCAUUCUUCAACUGUUUGCAGAAUCCAUCAAGAAUUCACUUUAUAUUAUAUUGAUGACAAUGCAUGAUGAGCCCGAUUUGAUCAGGGCUGAUGACCCAACUGGGAAGUCAUUGUCAUGUUCUCCUUAUAUGAAAGAGUUGCAGCAAUUUGUGUCCAGGUGCAAAGAUAUUUACUUGUCAAUGUUCAAUGAAAAAUCAGCUCUAAAUGAGUGCUGUGUGGACAUAGCUAGAGCUUGCAUUGAGAGGUUUACUCAGCACAUCUGUAAUGUGAGGCCACUGAGUAAGUUUGGACGAGCAAAGUUGCAGAUAGACUGCAAACAUUUAGAGACUGCAUUAUCUCCUUUACUGAAUGAUAUAACUGAGUUAGGAGAUCAUUACAGACAGUUGAAGGCCUUGCAUCUCUUGCUGGAGAAGACUCCUCAAGAAAUAGCCAAGAGUCAGACAGAAGGUGCCUGUUUACCAUAUUCUUUGGUAAUGAUGUUCUUGUUCUCCCACGGUGGGCAUCAACUGUUGGCUCCGCAUACAUGUGCUGGUUGGAGCAUACAGAAGUUGAUGCAGUGGUUGGACUCCCAUAAGAAUGAGAGGGACAGGUUAGAGUUUGUGGCUGGAGCCUUGCAGAGAUAUCAGAACCAUGUCAGACAGAAUCAAAUUGCCACAUAUGAUGAAGUGUACCCAGUGCUGCUACAACUGCUAGAAGAUGGCAGAAAGUCUUUGAAGAAAUAG